AUGUCUCAGGAGGAAGAAGUGAACGGAACUGAUGAGGUUCAGGAUAAGAAACAGAAAAAAGCCGCCCGUCACGAUGGAGGAGUGGCGGAUCUCGAGAGAGUGACGGAUUAUGCGGAGGAGAAGGAAAUUCACUCGGCCGACAUCUCCAACGCCCUGAACAAGUUCGGUGACAAGCGCAGCAAGGAAGAUGAGGAGAAACUUGCCAAGGAACGAGAACUGCAGAAGGUGCAAAUUAAGAAAGAGGAUGUUGAGUUGAUAAUCAACGAAAUGCAAAUCUCCCGGACGAAUGCCGAGAAGACGCUAAGAGAGCACCGUGGCGACGUGGUGGCCGCACUGGAGGCCCUGACCAAUUGAUCUCAUGAUCGUGCACCUGGUGAAACACAGAGACACUUCCGGGAGAUGCUCUCACACUCAUCACUCCCGCAUCAUCCCAAUUGCGAUCACACGGAGACUCUAGACUGUGUCUAGGUGGUUUUAAGGAUAUUUUGUAAGAUGAGCGACACUGAAUAGAAGAGGAAGGUUUUCCACUGAUAA